CUUGGGGUAGCGUCCGUUGCGUCCAGUCGAUAGGCGGGACUUCCGCUUCCAAGGGAUCCGUCAGUCAGGAGGCGGAAGUUGGUGCCGGCGGGAAUGUUGUAGCGCGGCGCAUUGCUGCACUCUCGCCGGGUUCUGCGUGGGCGCGCCCCCCUGCACUGCGGCCACCGGACAGCGAGGUUUCUCGAGGCUCCUCGCAUUCCGGAUGAUUGUAAAGUCCUGAUCAGUGGCCACUGAAUAUAAUUGAAACAGAAUAGGAAGAUGGCAGCAAAUCCUUCAGGACAAGGUUUUCAAAAUAAAAAUAGAGUUGCAAUUUUGGCUGAACUGGACAAAGAGAAAAGAAAAUUACUUAUGCAGAACCAAUCUUCAACCAGUCACCCUGGAGCUAGCAUCUCCCUCUCCAGACCCUCUCUUAAUAAGGACUUCCGGGACCAUGCCGAGCAGCAGCACAUAGCGGCCCAACAGAAGGCUGCUUUGCAGCACGCUCAUGCACAUUCAUCUGGAUAUUUCAUAACUCAAGACUCUGCAUUUGGGAACCUUAUUCUCCCUGUCUUACCUCGCCUUGACCCUGAAUGAAGAGAGUGUCCGCGAUAAGGAACACUUAUUUGUAAUAUCAAAGGUCAAAGUUCUCCCUCGGCUCUAUACAAACUCUGACUUUGAGAACUUUGGAGAACUUAGCUUUUGUUUCUUUAAAGAAAGGAAUAAGUAAGUGGGACAGGAAAGAGAAGCGGAGCUGGGGCACCGAGUCCUCAGGUGGUGGAGGCAGCGGAGGACCUGGCUGUGCUGGCCGAGACUGACUUCUUUGUGUUGUCAUCUGACUUUCCCUCAGACUCAGAAUCGCUUAGUCUCAUGAAAUCUGCAUCACCUUCAACAAGUUGGACUGAAUUAUCAUGUGGGAAGCCCGGGUCUGACCCAUCACUGCACAGACAAGCUCUGACGACGGCACACGCCUGUGAUCUCAGCACUAGAGGCAUAGAAGCAGGAGGUCAGAAGUUCAAGGCCAUCCUUGCGUAGGUAGUGAUUUUGAGACCAGUCUAAGGUAUAUGAGACUGUGCCUCAAAAAAAAAACAACCUAAACAAAUAGACGAGCCAUUAAUAGUCCUAACUUUAAAGAAAUGAGGAUGCUUUUUAAAAAUGUGAAGACUAGGCUUACAUACUUCUUGGUUUCUUGUGUUAAGAAACCAGCUAUUUAGACAUAGGCUCAUAGCCAAUAACUAGUUCUCCUACUCUGGAUUUUAAAAGGAAACUCCAAGUCAGACUAAAUUACCAGCCAAUCUUAAAUCUUUUUCAAAUAAAUGCUACUAUGAUAGCAAAUAAAUGAUGUGACUAAAUACUGUUCUGAAAAGCAGCCCAAGAAACACGGUAGCUGUAACUGUGUGUGUAUUCUCACGGCAUGUUGCUGCCUGACUGCUGUGCCUGAGUGCUUUUAUUUUCUAUUUUUUAUCGAAUUGAAGACUUAAAAUUAGGCAAAUUAAAGCCUUUUAAAUCAUUUUAAAUAAGGUUAGAUAAGUUGCUCAGCAGGGCCAAACCUUACCAAGAACUGAGGUGCUCAUUUAUACAUGUGCCUCUCCUACCCUCUCGUUGCCCUGUAAAAUUAGAGUUUGAUUAAAGUGUGAAAAGUAUGGCUAGAGAGUUCUAUAAUACCUUACACAAAAAUGUCAUGAUUAAAAUUAUAUGAAUUAUAUUUUAUAAGGGAGGUAUUUUGUAAGGAUCCUGUCAUGUUUUGUUUCCAAGGAUUGAACCUAGGACUAACAGUUACGGAUAUGUUGUUUCCCGAGCCUCAUCCCCUGUGUAAUUGACUGCAUCUCCACUCUCUCUGCUGCUGGGGGAAUUGAAACCUUUUCAGUUGGGUCAAUAUUCAGUCACAGUUUUACUCCCUUCUGAUAGUUUCCUGUAGGUGUUCUCACCAGCCGCAUAGCACCAGCCUGCUCAGUGUAAGUGAAGCAGCAGUCUUAGAAACAUGACCUGAUUUCCAUUGAGGAAGGUGGAGCCAGCCCAGUCACCACAGCAUUCCCUCGUGUCUGCUGCUGACCCAGUGACCUUCUUGCUCCUGCCCUCCAAAAGCCCAACCAGCCUCUGCAACUCCUAGGAGUCUUCAUUUUCUUGAAUUUCGCCAAGUUUCUGUUCAGUGUGAUCCUUUGGUAUACUGACAUGGUUCUAAAUCUAUCUGCUGAUGUUAGGAAGAUAAAACAUGUGUAUAAGUUUUCCACUGUUGAAGCCUUUGCCUACUCUGUAACUUUGUAAUCUAGGUGCUUUUUUUCCUUUCCUGUAUCAGAUAAAAUACCCUGAUGGAAACAACUUAUGGGAGAAAGGGCUUAUCUAGGUUCACAGUUUGGACACAGUCCAUCAUGGUUGGAAUGUCAAAGCAGCAGGAGCUUGAAGCAGUUGGUCAAUAAUUAAAGAACAAAUGGAUACUA